CACUUUUUCUUAUACAAUACAAAAAAAGGUUCCGAGUGAAAAACAAACCAUUUAUUAAAUGGUAGAGUAUCAUUUAUUUCAAACGUUAAAUGGGUAAAUGAAUUAAAGGCAGACCAGGGUUGAGAUCUUUCAUUACUCGAAAGACUACAGUAGAAACCACAGAAAUUACAGUUACAUUUGAAUGCACUAGUUGAACUAUUAGGUUGAACCAUUAGGUGCAACUAGUAAUUGUCAGUCGAUUACUACUGUCUAGUGGAAGUGCAGGGUUUGGUGUUGCAACUUAAACUGGAACACGUGUGUGAUGUGACUAUUCAAUUUAAAAAUGACUGCCAUUUACUCUGGCAUCCAACAAAAGCUGUCAAGCCACCUCACACCAUGGCCAGAAAAGCUGAAGUUGGCUCGAUUUGCAUGGGUAUCCAGUCAGUGCUUUCUUCCAAAUAAGGAACAGCUUUUAUUUGACUGGGUGGCUCGUGCCCUUUCUGGUUAUUAUGGCAAGAAAGUAGAGGUUCCACAGGAAGUUGUGGAGGGCUUAUGGACCUUCCUGAAAGAAAUUCUUCAUAGUAAAAAUCUUUGUAAUACCCUGAAAACUGGAAAGACCAUUAACAUACCCCCAGCAGUUCCACAGAUAAUCAAUGAAAGGAUUCUGGAAAGCACCUCAGGAACUCUGUCUGUCAAACUAUCCACUAUUUUGAGUUGCUGUGAAGGGAUCUUGACGUUUCCUGUCCUCGCUGUGGCAUACACUGCCAAAUAUGAACUGCUGGUGGAGCUUGUUGUUAGGACCAGUCGCUUGGCCUUUUUUAAACUCCAGCAAGAGGAAUCUACAGAUCCUCUUAUAGUAAAGGUGUUUGAGGUUCUACUUCUUGUACUCAGCACCUAUUUGACUGUGCAAAGGCAGCAAGGAAACCCGAAGAGAGUUUUUGUACAGGUGACAGAGCACCUGCUUCAGCCCCUCUGCAUGCUAAGACACUUAAUAACAUCUAGAACGUGGACAGAGAAGGAUGAUACCAGGGUCCGGCAACACUUGAGCAAGGAGAUCCGCAGUAAAAUAGAUUUGAUUCUUCAAUCUGCUCUUUUCUACCACGAACACCUGCAGUACUACAAAGAAGAAGUUCUCCCACCAGAACAAGGAUCAGGUAGAAGAAAGGGAUUUACAGGCAAAGCUUUACUUUGCCCUGCUGCAACAAUUCUGUCAAAUCUUGUCAAUGGACAUGAUGCAAAUGAAGACACUUUCUUUUAUGGUGUUCAAGCCAGUUCUCUGCCACUGCUCUUCAAAUUUGCUUUAGAUGCAUUUUGCAAAGGAGGAGACAACAAGCUGGUUUGCUUUCACCUAAUGACAAAGUUUCUUAUUGCCUUGGGCUUUACAGAGGACCUGAACAUCAAAGAGACAUAUAAUGAGGCAAACUGGAGCAUUACUCUCCUUGCUGUAGAGAACAUCUUGAACUCGUGUUUGGCUGGAGAUAUCUAUAAUGUAGCUGCAGAUAAAAUACAUCAUGGAGAGGUGCAGUUACAUUUCUUCAGAAAAGUAUGUCAGCUUUUAUUCAAUAAUGCUCAGACAGGCAUUCCAGCCUGGUAUCGCUGCCUGAAAAUACUGCUGGCAUUAAACCACCAAAUUCUUGAGCCAGAUCUUGAUGAGUUUGUCUCCUCGGUCUGGGUGGAUGCAGACAACAUGGAAAUACGGGUGAAGAAAGCUCGAGAGGCGCUUGUCUGUGCAGUUCUUCAAACCUAUGCAAAGCUACGCCAGAUGCCAAAACUCAUUGAAGAACUUCUGGUCAUAAUCUGUCGACCAGCAGCUGAUGAACUGAGGCAGAAUUUGUUGCCUGAGGCUUUGCAGAAUUGCCUGAGUCAGUGUCUCUUAGACAACCCUCCUAGCCAGAAUCUUGAAAUCUGCAGACGUAUUCUGGAGAAGAUGCAAAAAGAGUUUCCUUAUGUCCAAGAGGGAAGAAGGGAGUCUGCACUAAAGAUGUUUUCUCUGUGUGUUCUCAUGCAUGCAGUGGUCUUUAGUCUUAAGGCACUAGAUGAGGGCACUCCUUUGCCUGUAGUCAGACAAACCCAAACUCUAAUGGAAGAGAUGCUUAGAUUUGUUAGGGCUUUUCUGCAGCGUCUCGAGGGAGUUUUGAUUGCAGACAGCCUUUGGGUAGAGAAGAUUCAAGAAGCAAGUUUUCUCCUCAUUUACACUUGGGAGGAGGCAGACACCCUCUAUCAAAUUCAUUGCAGUAAAUACACCUCUCCAGCUGGUCCAACUGGUGAUGUCAGUCCUACCUAUGAUACAGUACAGAAAGUUGUGGCACUUACAGAAUCUGUAGGUGAAGUUACUAGUCCAUUGAGCAGGUUUCUUCAAAAGCAUCUUGCUCUCCACAGAAUGAAGAGACACUUGCUCAAUACACAUUCAGGUAAUCUGCACAUGGACACACAAGAUGUGCUUUUUGACAUGGCUCAGAUUGUUGUAAAUAGUCAAGAACUUUCAGUAAACCUGUAUACCAACCAAACAUGGGACCGUCAGUUUUGCAGUGUUAAUAGUGACACCUAUCCAGUGGCCUUGUGGUUUUUGGUAACCACCAACCUGCCAUUAAUUUCCCCAUACCUCCCACAGGAGGUAACAGCUCACAUUGCAGACACUAUCCUGAAGUCCCUGCUCCAGGGUCACUCAACAAGAAAUAUGGAGCAGAAUGAGUUGUCAUUCCUACAGAUUUCAACACAAUUGCUUGAAAGCACUGUUCUUUGUGAGUUGCCCAACUUGUACUCGGCAGUGGUGACUUCUAUAACAAACACGCUUUUUGGACUGCCAAGUGCUUCUUAUGUACAAUCCUUUUGUCCUUCAUUUUUAAAGUCCUGCACAGAAAUUGGUGUUGCACCUGAAGGCAAAGAAGGAUGCGUAGCUGAGAUCUCAUCCUCUUUUAACAGACUCAAAGCCAUAGCACAAGAAAUUAUGGACUGUGCUAAAUCUGGUGCUUCUAUCCCCAUAUCUGAAACACAAGUAGACACCCUUUUGCAGUUUGUGAGGAUAACAAAGGUCCUAAAUCCAUAUGCAAUAUCUUCUGAAGAUUAUUUAGGACUUUUUAUGGGUUUGUUUUUCAUGACGCUUUGUGUGCAACAUAAUGAAAAUAGGGCACUGUCAGUGCCAGUCAACCUUUUGAAAGAGCUAUAUGGCCUCAUGGAUUCACUUUUGGUGGGGAAAAAUUGUCAUACAAUCCUCAAGGCUGUACAUGGAAGUACACUAUUGGAGGCGACAAUGACCUUGCUUUUCUCUCGCUUUGAUAAGAAUCUCUUUCGAAGUGUUGAAAGCUCAGCUUGGUUUUCUUUUCUCCAGUCAGUCCAAGCUUUCAUUCACAGUAUAACUAGUGUUAUAUUGGAGCGGAAAAGCAGUGUGCGGCUCAAUCUGGACAAGUUUACCACUUUUAUGAUUGAUGGAACUAAUUCUGUUGGAGCGUCAUCUGUGAUCUCUGGGGUUUGUGAUGAAGCGCUGUAUUUAUUUCAGCUUCACUUAGCAACAUUGAGCACACUUUGUAAUGAAAUGAUGUCUAUGCUUGGGAAAAGUCCUCAGCUAGAUGAGGUUCUGACUCAGUUGUUGGGGAAGAUCAUCUCUGUAAUGGGGCCUGCCACUCAGACUUUGAUGUUGGGAAAGGCAGAGAGUGGACUUCAACUGUCAUUCUCUAUUGAUGUGGUGACGGUGAUGAUCAAGAGUGAGCUGGCAAAGGUUUCUCAUCAGAAACAGGAUAUUCGUGAUUGUGAACGACAACACAAGUUAUCCAACAUGACACUGUACAAUAGCUUUUGUCAGCAGAUUGUGGAAAAAUUAUACUCUGCACCACAACCCAUGGAGUUUCUCAUUUCAUCUGUCCAUUAUCUGUCAGCAUUUUACAUGGCUGAAGAAAAAACUUGUGAAUCUGAUCUUGACUGUCUCCAUGUUAAGAUUCUACAGUGUGUUCAUAAGGUAUUAUCAGGUACAUGGCUUUCUAUAUCAGAAGUAAAAGAAUUGGAGGUCCCACUUAGUAAUCUGCUUAAUAAACUGAUGGUCAACUCUUCAGAAGUGCAACUCCAGUCACUUUUUCUCAUGAUCCGGGGUGGACUUGUUGCAACCCAGAUUGAAGGAGGCUACCACAAAGAUGCGUUUGCAGCUGUGACUCUAAUAAGGCUGCUGGCCAGCUGUUCUCUCUCAGAGACUUCCUCAGAGAUGUUCUGGCGUACUGUUCCUCAUAUCAUGUCUUCUCUUGUUUUUGUGGUGAGAGCCUCUGGUCAAGUGCCUUCUCUAACUGGUGUACUAACUGUACCAGUGGUAGAGACUCUAAUUAUGUUGCUCCGCCAAGGAGAACCUCACAUCUCUGACCCACACCAUGUCAUCUUGGUGCUUGGAGCACUUGAGUUUGUGCCUUUGGAAAACCAGUGCAUGGAGGAUUACUAUUCAGCUUUCCAUGUAAUCCAUGAAGCCUUGUAUGCAAUCAUCCUAUGCUAUCCUAAGGUGAUGCUGAAAGCUUCUCCAGUGUUUCUUAACUGUUUUUAUCGUCUUGUGGCAUCCAUCAUGCGUGAGGGCAGGCAAAAAGGGGAGAAUGAGAAAGGAAAGGAUUUCGAGAAGCUUUUAAAGUGUGCCAUGCUAGUGGAGCGGAUGUAUAGCCAUAUUGGCACCACAGCAGAGGGUUUCACUGUCUUGAACUCUUUCAUUGUGGCACAGUAUGUCACUGAACUUCAAAAGGUGACACUUCGACCAGAAAUCAAGGUGCACCUGACAGAAGGCAUCUACUGCAUUCUGGACCAGUGUGUGGAGCAGGAUAUAAAGUUCUUGAACAGGACAUUGCAAAUGGGUGUUAAGGAAGUGUUUAGUGAGCUCUACAAAAAUUACACACACUAUCAUAAAUCUCAACGGCAAGGGGAAGAGAAGUAUACUGUCUAAACCUAUUGCUUUCAAAAUAAUUUUGUACAAUUUAUUGUUAUAUGCUUUCUAUUGCUGUUGCUUGAAAUAGAUAACAAAUAAAACAAAUAAAUAAACUUCUGUGAAGCAUGA